ACUUCAAUUAUCAAUUGAGUAAAAACCGACUAUUGGUAAUGUCAAUGAAUUAAAAAUGGUGAAAAUAGAUUGAAUUUAAAUAUUUCUUUAUCCACGGAGUUAAAGUGGCGGGUAUUACAUUAAUAAUUUUGAGCGUCUUGUGCGCUUAUGUUCGUUGUCACUUAACUGUCACAACACGUCACAUACCUUUUAAUUCAACAUGGAUAAUGAUUAUUAUUCCACCGUGUACACAUGGUUCGAGAAGUGUGGGAUCGUAUCUAACAUCAGGACGCACCUGCGGCAGAACCUGGUGAACGCUCUGAAGCAUAGGGAUCUGCGGCUGUGCAAGAGUAGAGAGGCGAGGUCGGCGAAACAGUACGUUUACGAUAUGCUAAUAGCCGAGUAUCUGUUCAGUCACAAUUACUCCUUCACCCUGUCGAUAUUUGCCAGCGAGGUUCCGCUUUUAGUAAACUUUUGCAACAGCGUACCGCAACAGUGCUCCUCUGCCGACGACAAUGACAACAGAGGUGGUGGGUGCAAAAAGUUGCAAAGCGAUUACAUACUGCAUACACUGGAAACUCUGGGCAUCAAUCCCAAUGGGCCUGAGGGCCAACACAUUAUAUCAAAUUAUAUGAACAGCGAGGCACCUCUGUUGCUAUCCAUUCUGAGUUCAAUAGCUUCGCUCGUCGUCAACACUCGGCCGUCGUCAACUGGAAGAUCCAUGAUUGACAGGGAAACCCAAGUUGAUCUGGCUUUGGAAACACAACUUGCAUAUGCGACAAAAAUGCGUGUGAUGAGGAAAAGAAUUGUGCAACAGAAACAAUUGUAUGACGACGAAUUAAGGACGAAAGAGAACAAAUUGAGACAGCAGGCGACAGUUAUAAAGCAUCAGCUUGGUUCAUUAAAUGCAAAAAUGGAAGAGGCUCAGAAUUUGAUGCAAUCUUUGACCCUGAAAGAAAAGCAACUGCAAGAAAAGAAAGACAACAAUACACAAUGUAUCUUACAAAAGGAAAUGGAGCUGUCUAUGAAGCAAAAUUUCUUAACACAAGAAGCUAACAGAUUGCAGAGAGAACGAGACAGUUAUAGGAAGUUUGAGGGUGGCAUGAAGAAACUGCAGCGAGAGCUCGUUAAAAUGCAGAAGGAAAUGUCGCAGGGUACAUCCAACCAGUGCCAGAAUCAGAAUAAUCUCAGGGACAUUCACGUACAAACCGAUGUCGAGAGCCGCACGAUAAUAGAUGAAUGCAGAAUUCUACAGAGAGAGAAGCAGGAGCUGACAAAUCUUGUGGAAGAGCAAAGGUCGAAAAUAGAUCAAAUCACACAGCGUAGCGCUCAGUUGUCACGUCAAUUGGAAGAAGUGCGUUUGUUGCAACCGAUUGAGACGCCGAUUUCCGUGGCUCGAAUCGUCAGCGCAAACGCGCUCGUCAGCGAGAGCAGUUCCACGGAGGACAUUCUUCAGGACGCAAAGAUGCGAUUAAAGCGUCUGGAGGAGGAAAGUUCCAAAGCCGAUCAAUAUUUCUGUAGUUUCGUUAGCACCUCGUAGCGAAUAACACACAUUUCAGAAUAUUGUUUAUUAAUGUAUUUAUUAUCGUUAUUGCACGCACAAUUAUCAACCUUGCAAAUUACACUUCACGCAGUAUCACUUGCGAAAAUUGUGAUUAUUUCUUCAAUCUCAGAAGAAAAGACUGAAUUGAGACAUCAAAAGUAUCAAAAAGUAUAUGUAUAUAUCGGACAUUUAGAUAAUUUAUUUUAUAAAAUUGGAUGUUAAAACAUAUAAUAUACAAAUUACUGACUAU